AUGGCUUCUCUUGACCCAACUUUAGUCCAAGCUGCAAUGAAAGAUCAAAAGUGGUCUGGUGCCAUGGACAAUAAGUUUACUACCCUUAUCUGCAACCAAAUAUGGACUCUUGUUCACUUAAAUGGUUGGAUUGAGCUGAGGAUGAGAAGUUUUUCAAGAGAAUUAUGUAUGUGUCGGAAUUUGCUGUGCAUUGGGAUUUUGGAACUGUUACUACUCUCCUUUCCAUUGAGGCUCCUUUUGAGUUUAUCCUACAGUGCCUUCUCUAAUCUGAAAUCUCUGUCAACUAGCAGCUUCUUCGAUUCAGUUAGGCGCCGCUCCUCUAUUUUACAAUGGAAUCUUGAUGUUGCUACUCAGCUUGUUGUUGCAUCAGAUGAGGAUGGUUCACCAGCUUUAAGGCUUUGGGAUAUGCGAAAUAUAAUGUCACCAGUUAGAGAGUUUGUUGGGCACACCAAAGAUGGGAAGGUUGUUGCAGUAAAAGGGCUUUUCUUCAAUACAAGACAAUGGGUGGAUCAUUUCUUCAAUGAAGUGAAUUUGAUAAGCGGAAUUCCACACAAAAAUCUGGUGGAGCUGCUGGGAUGCAACAUUAUAGGCCCUGAGAGUCUUCUUCUGUGGGAGUCGAGGUAUAAGAUCAUAUUGGGUGUGGCUGAGGGUCUUGCUUAUCUUCAUGAAGAAUCGAAUUUGAGAAUCAUUCAUCGAGAUAUAAAACUAAACAACAUUAUGCUUGAUGAAGAUUUGACAAGAUAA